UCAGCGUGAGAGCCACGCAGCGAUUCGCCGACGCCCCCGCUUAGAUAAAGAGAGAGAGGAAGAAGGAGAACCGGGAACGAGAAAGAGAGGGCGAGCGGUGGAGAGGAGCCAACACCAACAAUUAGACGCCUUUAGACGCUCCAUAAUGCUAAUGGCGUUGACAGUGCUCAUCAUCAUCGCAGCGCGGCCACCGCAAUCGUUUCGUUACCGCGUACCGUUAUCCGUACCGCCACCGUCAAUCGCCGCCGUCAAUCGUCCAUCGAAGCGGUACGGUCACGCUCCAAUCGCCGCGUCGUCGCCGCUCCAGUUUAUCAAUGUCAAUCGCCGACGGAUGCCAACCGCUGGAGCAUCGCAGAUACAAAGCCAUAGCUAUAGCUAUCUGAUCUGAAAAACAGUGCGUGUGUGCUUAUCUACUAUCUAGUAACCAGAAACUAGUAACCACCGUACGCGAUCGUGUUUCCAUAACCCCAACCAUACGAAGAUCGAUCAAUACUCCCGUUUCCGAUUCUUUUAAAAUUUUGCUGUUUUCCAAUUGAUAAUAGGGUAGAGACUUCGACUUGAGAGAGUUCGAGUUUGAGAAGUUGGGCAGUGCUUUAUUUACUUUUUCAAUCGAAUAAACCCCUACCAAAUGGUCACCUGCGGUCGGCAAACGUUCAACAUGCUGCCCAUGGCGCCGACGAGUCCUUUUGUCAGCAACAGCUCCUCGAUGGCCGCGACCUCCACUUCCGUUUCCGCCAGCACAGUUUCCGCUUCGGCAGUAGGCAGUAAGCCCAAGCUGGCCUUCAGCAUCGACUCGAUCGUGGGCGAGUCCUCGACGAGAUCGGCUCCCUUGAGGGUCAGUGUGAUAUCAUCGCCACCGCCGCGCAGCGAAAGUCCCGCCUCGCCGACGAACACAAACAACAGUGGCCGGCGCACGCCCCGCGGAUAUAUUUACUGCCGAAGGCGGGAUUCGCUGGACAGAUCGCGAAGUCCACAGAGAUCGCCGGUCAGCCACUCGCCAACGCCUCCGAAUGCCGGUGGAAAUCCCCCAGCGGCGGCCAUCCACAGUCCUCCAAAAUCAGCGGACUUACCCCAGGCAACUGGAAAUCCACCCGCCCCAAUUGGAACCCUCAUCCGUCCGAUGCCGUUGCCGGCGCCAAAUCUAGCUUUAAUCCAGAACCGCACCUCGCCGAACAGCAUUGCGGUUCGAAUGGCGGGUCCGCCCCACCCGCCACCGCCUCCGUUCCUCGCCGCCCAGUUCCAAAUGGCCGCUGCACUAGCCCAUCACCACCAGCAGCAGCAGCAGCAGCAACAGCAGCAGCAUCCGCCCGUGCCAACCGGACCGCCACAUGGUCCGCAUCCGCAUCUGCCGCCCGGCCAAAUUCCAAUGGGUAUUUUCCCGGGCGGACCGCACCCGGGACAUCCGCCGCCCCACGGUCAUCACCCCUUUGGAAGCGCUCCACAUCUGAUCCGUGAUAGCUAUCCGCUGUAUCCAUGGCUGCUCAGUCGACACGGACGCAUUUUUCCAAGAUUUCCGGGCAAUUUCCUGUUCCAGCCAUUCCGCAAGCCGAAACGCGUUCGCACCGCCUUCUCGCCGACGCAGCUGCUCAAACUGGAGCACGCCUUCGAGGGGAAUCACUACGUCGUGGGGGCGGAGCGCAAACAGUUGGCCCAGGGACUCAGCCUGACCGAAACCCAGGUGAAAGUGUGGUUCCAGAACCGUCGCACCAAGCACAAGCGGAUGCAGCAGGAAGGUGGCGAUGGGAGCGACACCAAGAGCAACAAGGGCAGCUCCUCGGGAGGCGGAGGGGGUGGCGAUGGGGAGGAUGAUGCCAAGCACGAUGGAUCGCAGCACAGUUACGAUGAUGCCGAAGAUCCGGAGGAGGACGACGAGAUCGAGGAGGAUGACGAGGACGAGGUGAUCGACAUGGAUGACUAUGGCAGCGAAAUGGAUGCGGAGGAGCACCAGCGACUGCGGGAGCAAUUCCAGCAGCAAUUGGCCCAGCACCAGCAACAGUUCCUCCAGCAGCAGCAGCAAAGCCCGGUGGACGCAGCCACCCUCAGUCCGCAGCAGCAGCAUCAGUUGCUGCAGCAGCACCAGCAACAUCUGCAGCAGCAACACCAGCAGCAACAGCAGCACUUCAUCCAGCAGCAACAACUUUAUCUGCGCGAAAGGGAGCGGGAGAGGGAGCGGGAAAAGUCCCGAGAGAGGGAAAGGGAGCGGGAAAAGUAGUAGCUAAUAGUUGCUAAACAGCUAACUCCGCUAUUUUGUGUUCCUUUGAUUUCAUGUAAAUUAUUUGUCAUCUGUAUAGCUUAAUUUAAAUUGUUUACUAC